AUGGCCAGCUAUCUCCCCGCGAUGCCAGACGCGAGGCGUGUGAGGAGCUACGUUUUCCGCCUUCCACUCGCGACUCGAGGACUGGCACUGAUCAUCACUGGGUUUUACAUUGCGAAAGUGGUCGCGGGUCCGUGGUUAAUACAAUGGGGCGCUGUGAUACCCAACGAAAUCACUUUGCAGACAUUACACCGAAUGAAUACAUUUCCGCUACUACAUACAAACUUCUUCCACUACAUACUUAAUCUCAUCGCGCUGGUCCCGCUACUGGAACGAUUUGAGUCGGAACAUGGGACGAUCACUACGUUUCUCCUCUUUACAGGGCCUUUCGGGCUCAUACCUGGCGGGCUGUACACCAUCAUCGAACGCUUCAUCCUCCACAUGAACACCUCGAUCGUGGGAUCUAGCAUCUGGGUCUUCCUCCUCCUCGCGAAUGAGUCGGUCAAGACAUACCGUCAAAAUCCAAACUUUGAGAUCUUGGACUACAAGAUUCCUACAUGGACGACUCCACUGUUUCUGAUCGUGGUCAUCUGGGUUUUGGUGCCAGGGACCAGUUUGCUAGGACAUUUGUGUGGAGCAUUGGUUGGAUAUGGAUGGGGGACGGGAUACAUCAGAUUUCUGGCGCCACAUGACAAGAUUCUCCGCUGGAUAGAGGGCAAGUUGAAUCUUUUGGGAAGACUGCCGCAUUAUGUCAGCGUGGACCAGAAGACGUACGGGAGGUAUGGAGUGCUUCCGAGCACCAAUGCAAGCAGCCCGCUCAUAGGUCCUGGACGAGGGACGCUCGGAGCGGUGAAUGGGGUCGCGAUUGGACCCGUGGGAAGCACACAGAGGCUGGGCCCAUGA